GUAGAUAACAUCCACAGCCUUUCACUCAUCCAACAACCGGAUCACAUUGACAUAGGUGGAGAUCAGAUUGGUCAAGCAAGACAGGCAUUUCACAAACCUGUGCUGGCUGGGCCUGAUCCCCUGAUUGUCCUGUUUAUGGUGGUUAUUCUUGACAGUUGGUUAUCUAGUCUGUUUCAAAGACCACUCAAUGAUGAAAGUUUUAUAUUUUCCAACUUAUCUCUGAAUGAGCGUUGCCUUUCGGUGUCAUUAGUCUGUAAAUAUUGGCGUGACCUCUGUUUAGAUUUUCAGUUUUGGAAGCAACUGGAUCUCAGUAGUCGUCAGCAGGUCACUGAUGAACUGUUGGAAAAAAUAGCAUCAAGAAGUCAGAAUAUUACUGAAAUCAAUAUCUCUGAUUGUCGCAAUGUAUCUGAUACAGGAGUAUGCAUAUUAGCAAUUAAAUGUCCUGGGCUCCUAAGGUAUACUGCCUACAGGUGUAAACAGCUUUCUGACACCUCUAUUAUUGCAGUUGCCUCUCAGUGUCCUCUUCUUCAGAAAGUGCAUGUGGGCAAUCAAGACAGACUCACCGAUGAAGGCCUGAAGCAGCUGGGUUCAAAGUGCAGAGAAUUGAAAGACAUACAUUUUGGGCAAUGUUACAAGAUCUCAGAUGAAGGAAUGAUCAUUAUAGCUAAAGGCUGUCUGAAGUUGCAAAGAAUAUAUAUGCAAGAAAACAAAUUAGUGACAGAUCAGUCAGUGAAAGCUUUUGCUGAACAUUGUCCAGAGCUGCAGUAUGUUGGUUUCAUGGGUUGCUCUGUUACAUCAAAAGGAGUCAUUCACCUUACCAACCUGAGAAAUCUGUCAAGCUUGGACCUGCGUCAUAUCACAGAACUGGACAAUGAAACGGUGAUGGAAAUAGUAAAAAGAUGCAAAAACCUUAAUUCUCUCAAUCUGUGUCUGAACUGGAUCAUUAAUGACAGAUGUGUGGAGGUCAUUGCCAGAGAAGGACGGAACCUGAAAGAACUGUAUUUAGUAUCCUGUAAGAUCACUGACUAUGCUCUGAUAGCCAUUGGGCGAUACAGCAUGACAAUAGAGACAGUGGAUGUUGGAUGGUGCAAGGAGAUCACGGACCGUGGAGCCACCCAGAUUGCACAGCGCAGCAAGUCUCUCAGAUAUUUAGGACUGAUGAGGUGUGAUCAGGUGAACGAAGCCACAGUGGAGCAGCUCGUGCAGCAGUAUCCACAUAUAACCUUCAGUACUGUACUGCAGGAUUGCAAGAGAACAUUGGAACGGGCUUAUCAACUGGGCUGGACACCCAACAUGUCCCCUGCCUCUUAAACUUCUGUACCAACAUGACAGUUCCACUCUGCUGCAUUCAGUAGAUCUAAUGGGGAUUGCAGAAGGGUUUAUAACCUUUCAUCUGAUGCAAUAUAGUUGUGAGUUUACAGAGGUUACAGUAAAAUGGCAAAAACUGUACACUGACUUUAUUGUACUGUACAACUAACAUUGAAGCAAAACUUUAGAAAUGUAUCGUGGUUUUGUUUGCAUAAAAGUUAAAAGCCUUUGGCAAAUUUCUUGAGGUUGAAUCCUACUAGUUCUCUGGAUAGUUUGAAUUAUAGAUGUUAAGCUUGUUUUCCUCUGUUUACUUUGCCUUGGUCGUGUGCGUUUCCUUUGAUCUGUAAAUGGUAACUCAGUGCUAGCACCAAUGCAGUUGAUCAACAGAGGCAUAUGUUGAAACUGGGGACUAAACUUGAUGCUUAUUAUUUACAAAAGCUUAUUAUUUACUUAAACCUCAAGGAGGUUUUAAGAUACACAGUAAUAGGAAAAUUUACAGUGAAUUGCUACUUUGUUGUAAACAUUUUUUUUCUUUACAUAUAAGAAGCUGUAGCGAUAUUAAAAUCUUUCCACCUUAAUGGAUUUUACAAUGCAAAGAGUGCUUACCUUGAAAAUGCCAUCUGAACAUGGGUCCUGUCAUGGGUACCAUUUUGUAGGAUCAGAUAUUAGAUGCUUUUUAAUACAGUGUAUGCAAGAAAAUAUCCAGAGUAAACACAUAAAAUGAUUCAUUUUCUGUCACAUUGCAUUCUAAAGAGUUAAGUUUGAGCAGGGGAUCGUGAAAAUACUGACACUGCAGCUUCAAUUUGGAGUUGCCUUAACCUUUAGAGUAUUACCAUUUGGUUAGGAAUGUUGUCAGGUAUGUAACACUGGAUAUUUGUUCUUCAAAGGUUACAGCAUAUUAAUCCAAAGUAUGAAAUGCUUAAGCUUCAGCUGAAAAGUUGCCAUUAUCGUCAAAAUGUUUUGCUAAUCCAGAAGGCCUAGUGCAGCAUAACAAAGAAACUUGUUUAGUAUGGCUGUAUAACUCUCUGUAAAACUGUUUGUUGAUUUCCAUAGCAUAAUUUUUUACAACAGAAACAUCAGCUCACAGAACUUCCAGUGAGGAUGUUGAAUGUUUUCUUAUUAGACUUUUCAAUAUGGGGAUGAAUAAUUUCUCUGGAAAAAUAUAUAUGGUAAAGAUUUUGUUUUAAAUAAAUGGUAAAUACUUGUGAACAUGUGUAAUGCUAUGCUUUUUAUUUACUCCAAAAUGGCAACAAUAUUUUGAGAAUAAGCCAGUUAAUUAUAUUACAGAUAUAGUACAGAAUCUUGGUCAUUUUUCUUUUAAUGUUAAAACUAUUCACACAAUUUGUAAGUUUCUAUUUUUUCGUGAAACCUUUGAUCUUACAAUAAAUUGUAAUAUAAAGAAGAAA